AUUAGCAGAGCGGGAAGCCCUCGUUUCCAGGAAGCUCUACUUCCUCGUAUACAGAAUGAACGGGAAGAAAGGCAGCGUCCGAAUUGAUAUUCGCACGCCGGAGACUGCGAAGAUGUCCGGUGGUGGUCGAAGUAGCAGCGACAGCAUGUCGCCGAGCAAAUGGAUAUGGGACGUGUGGGAGUUCGCCAAGGGGGAUACCGACAGGGUGACCUUCUCUCUCAAGGUAGGGUUGGCUUGCCUCCUGGUGUCGUUGCUGAUACUAAUCCGAGCACCCUAUCAAGUGUUCGGCACCAACACCAUCUGGGCCAUCAUGACCGUGGCCAUCAUGUUCGAAUACACCGUCGGUGCUACGUUCAAUCGAGGGUUCAAUAGAGCUCUUGGGAGUUUGCUAGCUGGAAUCUUUGCAGUAGUGUUCAUGCAAAUAGCCAUGUCAAGCGGCCACAUUACCGAGCCUUACAUCAUUGGCCUCAGCAUCUUCCUCGUCGGAGCUAUUACAUCCUUCAUGAAGCUUUGGCCGUCCUUGGUCCCUUACGAGUACGGCUUCAGGGUCAUCCUCCUGACCUAUUGCUUGAUCAUUGCCUCCGGAUAUCGAAUGGGAGACCCCGUGAGGACUGCCGUAGACCGGCUUUACUCCAUCGCGAUCGGUGGUCUCGUCGCAGUCUUCGUGAACCUCCUCGUCUUCCCCAUAUGGGCCGGUGAGCAGCUGCACAAGGAGCUCGUCAGCCACUUCGAUUCCGUGGCUGACUGCCUCGAAGAGUGUGUGAAGAAGUAUCUCAGCGACGACGGAUCAGAACAACCUGAGUUCUCCAAGACCGUGAUGGAUGAUUUCCAGGACGAGCCAGCUUAUCGAAAGUGUCGUGCCACUUUGAGUUCAUCUGCGAAGCUCGAUUCCCUGGCCAAUUCAGCGAGAUGGGAGCCACCCCACGGGAGAUUCCGACACUUCUUUCACCCAUGGGCGGAGUACGUCAACGUCGGGGCCGUGCUCCGUCACUGUGCCUAUGAAGUGAUGGCAUUGCAUGGCUGUCUGCACUCGGAGAUACAGGCACCCUUUAAUCUAAGGUGUGCAUUCCAAUCCGAGAUCCUCGAUGCAACGACGCAGGCAGCAGAGCUGCUUCGCAGCAUGCGCAAAGACAUCAGCAACAUGAAGCACGGACUCCGGACGAGCCUUCUCAAGCGCGUCCACAGCUCCACCGAGCGCCUGCAACGCUCCAUCGACCUCCACUCCUACCUCCUCACCUCAUCUCACCAUCUCUCCACUGCUCUCUCUUCAAACCUCAUACCCUCCCGAGAUCACUCGACCGAUCCGGAUAGCAAGGGAGUCGAGCCAAACGCAGCGGACACGUUGGCACCUCGAGUGGAUUCGUGUCAUGACACCACGAAGAAGCAGCAGAGAAGGCUGCGUUCAUGGCCUUCCAUAGAGGUGACUGAUCUGCAGGAAGACGACAUACCAAGGAUGAGUGCGUUGGAGAGCACCACGGCGUUGUCGCUCGCCACCUUUACCUCAUUGCUCAUUGAGUUUGUGGCACGGCUCGAUCACUUGGUCGAGGCUGUGGAUAAGCUUGCCCGGUUAGCUGGAUUCAACUAAGAGCUUACAAGCUAAAAGAACUCUCUGUUUUCGUGGUCUCACAUCCUGUACAAUAAACUGGCAGUAUUCAUACAAUGUGUGUGUGUGUGUGUUUGUGAUUUACUACAUCAAGAAAGAAGAAAAGUUUGCCUUUGCCAUCAGUCUGGCUCCGCGUUCAAUUCACAGCUUUAUCAAUCAAUGUAAUGCGUCGUUGCUCUAUCUAAUUUGCUGCAGAUUGAUUAUGCUUAGGGUUAUCGCAUCAACCAUUGAAGCAUUGCAUUAAUGGCUUGGUUCCUCUGGGUGCCGCUGACGGCCGGUCCUCGUUACCAGCCCCGGAGAACGCCGCCGCCGCCGCCGAAAUCGCCGAUUGGAUCUUGACGUACUAUUUGGAGGAUCUUGAGGAGCAGGAUCUUGUCUGUGAUGCGCUCCUUUUGUGUUUUUAGGGUUUUCUCCCCCCUUCGAUUCCGGCUCUGCAGAUCGCGCUCCUCGAUUCAAGAUUGGAUCUUGACGGACUACUCAGAUGUUGUAAAGCCACAAGAUGGACAAAAGGUGAUUGGGAAGGCACAUGUAUAUCGCACUGGAGGAUCGACCAAUGACGAUAAAUGUUGUUGUGCAAUGGCUUUUGAGCUUUUCGUUCAGCAUAUCGGAAGCACGUAGGAGACAUCUCCUUUCUUCGGGUUGCACUGCAAGAUGGAAACUGUUCUC